GUUCGGCCGGACGGCGGUUGACCGACAGGGCCGUUUCUGAUUGGUGGCAGUAACCAAGGAAAUAGACCCUCCCCCCCCCCCCUCCCCUGUAGUCGGUUGCCGGAUGAAACGCCGCCGCCAUGUUUACGCACGGCCGUGAGAAGGGACGUCGGCUUCAGAAAUAAUAAUAAUAAUAAUAAUGGCGUUAAUAAGAAGGAAAGGACGAGGCCGCGAAGGUGGCCGUGCCAAAUAGCCGGAGGAUUUUUUAUUUAUACGUGAGGAGAGUUGCUAGCAUUUAUUUUUACACCGAGAGAGUAACGGGAAGAUACCGAAUGCGCGGAGGGCUGGCGCGUCUAUCGCCAUGAGCCGACCUUCGUCAGCCGGCGGCGGGAAAACAGGGAAACACACGGCGGCGGCCGUGGCGGCAACGGGUGGUGGCGGUGCUGCUGCUGGAGGAGGAGGCGGUGGAGGAGGUGGCGGCGGCGCCGGCGGUAGUUCAACUAUAGCAGCAGCGGCGGCGGCGGCAGCGGCUGCGGCGGCGACGGCGACGACGGCUGCCGGAGGUUCCACCCCGCCUCAGCCCGAGCUCACUUCCCUCUUCGAGUGUCCAGUCUGCUUUGAUUAUGUUCUUCCCCCCAUCCUACAAUGCCAGGCCGGCCACUUGGUGUGCAACCAAUGCCGGCAAAAACUUUCUUGCUGUCCGACAUGCAGGGGCCCGCUCACCCCCAGUAUCAGAAACCUGGCCAUGGAGAAGGUGGCUUCUACCAUCCCUUUCCCAUGUAAGUACGCCUCGGCUGGUUGUCUCUUGUCGUUGCACCACACGGAAAAGCCAGAGCAUGAAGAGGUGUGUGAAUUUCGCCCAUACAUGUGCCCGUGCCCAGGAGCCUCCUGCAAGUGGCAAGGAUCAUUGGAGGCAGUCAUGCCUCAUCUCAUGCAUGCGCAUAAAAGCAUUACAACGCUUCAAGGGGAGGACAUAGUAUUUCUGGCAACUGACAUCAACCUUCCUGGUGCUGUGGAUUGGGUUAUGAUGCAAUCCUGCUUUGGUCACCACUUCAUGCUGGUGUUAGAGAAACAAGAGAAGUAUGAAGGCCACCAACAAUUUUUUGCUAUUGUUCUUCUGAUAGGCACGCGAAAGCAAGCAGAAAACUUUGCCUACAGACUGGAAUUAAAUGGUAACCGUAGACGCCUCACAUGGGAGGCCACUCCAAGGUCGAUCCACGAUGGAGUUGCAGCAGCAAUCAUGAACAGUGAUUGUUUAGUUUUUGAUACUUCAAUUGCUCAUCUUUUUGCAGAUCAUGGGAACCUGGGUAUUAAUGUUACUAUCUCAAUGUGCUAAUUGCAUUGUUAUAAUACAGCUGUUUACAUGUAACCAAUAGAAUGUUUGUUUGAUUCGGAGGAUGCAGUAGGCAAAAGAAUGCAGUUCUAUAUACUUCUAAGCACCGUGCUUGUGUAAUUGGUGCUCGCCCAUUUGACUGCUUCAUGAGUGCAUGUUGUGGAAUGUAAUGCUCAGCACGUGGUUCCAGAUCUGACUAAGAGAAGAUGGAAACAAAACAGCAAAACCAAUCCAAGUUGAUGAAGCCGUUUUAUAAAUGGUUGUUUUAAAAAAAAGACAUCUUUCCCUGCUUUGUGUUUCUUUAAAUUUACUUGAGGCAAGUUAUUCAAGAUGUAUUUAUAUUACGGGUCCAGUGUAUAGAACUACAUUAUAUGCCACAUCAGUACUUAAAUGCAAAGCCAGUAGAUGCUUGUGCCUAUCUUAAAUAUGCUUCAGGACAACAGUAUCGUAAUAGUUAUUUAUGAAAAUCAAUAAUGUUGAAAUGAAAAGUCAUGGAAUGAAUUUAUUCUCUGUUCUUUGCCAUGGAAACUGGAUUUUGUUGCAAUUUUCUUUUGGGCAAAAAGGCAGGAACAAAGUUGUAAAGAGCAGCAAUGAGGAUUCCCUUUAAGUAAAGCAGUCAAUGAUAAAUUAAGCUUCAGCAUUGUCCACUGUUGUUUUAUUUUUUUUAAUCUUUAAUUCCUGUUGUAUCACUUGUGUCAGAUUGGAUUCGAUUCAAAUCAUUUUUUAUGAAAUUGUCAAAUAUGUAAACGGUGACUGCAGUUUCACAUUUUGAAUAAUGCUUAUUAUUUGUAGCCUAAACUGUUGGUGUAAUGACCCUACAACAUGUAAUGAGCAUAUUGCCCAGCUUCGUGGCUGAAUUGCACAGCCACUUUGCAUCACCAAUUUAAUCAUAUUUUAAUUUUUAAAAGAUUGAAAUGCUGGAAAAAUUGCAUAGAGCCAGCCAGUAUUUAUUAAUGAAUUAGAGAUGUUAGCUAUGUUUUCUGACUUUUAAAUAAUAUUGAGCUAAAUAUUGUUUGAGUUGAAAUUAAAAAUUGAGUUUAACCAACGUGCUAGUAGAACACUAAAAAUUCCAAGAAUUUCUUGGAAUCGUGCUUGAUUUAUUUAAUUAGUCAAUUAAUUUUGUAAAUGUUAAAAUGGUGAUGGUGUAUGAAAUGUUCUGUCCUCUUCCUCUUGCCUCCUUUCAUUCCCACACCUCCUCCACCAACCUCCUUGGAGGGGAGAGGAAAAAACAACACACAUCCCUUUGAGACGUUAAAUCUGGUACACAAUUACCUCACACUGUUCUACCAGCUCUUAGAACUUUGUUCUUUUACUUUUGAUCCCUCUCUUUCCUCACAAACAUUGUCUUUAACACUUCUGGUUUAUUAAAAGAAUAUGUACCUAGCCAGCUUUCAUUGUUGGUUCAGUUACUUCUCUCUCCAUAUGAAUCACCUCUUAUCACUGAUUUU